GACUUUUCCAUCAAAGCUUUGCAAACUCAAGAAACACAAGGAAUCGCAGAGGACGUGAGCGUUACAGAGCAGGAUUCAACGACCCUCACUUAUCCAUUACCCCUCAUCACCUUCAUCUUUCAUCUGGUGUCGUCUGUAAGCUCGCGCCAAAUCAGAAGAUAUUCUGGAUGCAAUUACCAGCUAGCUAGCUAAAUCGAUUGAGACAUAGAAUUGGUGACCGGUACACGAUUCUACGUCAUUGUCAUCGCACACCUCUGCCAAGCAUAUCAACAUACUAAGCCAACUGCCCGUCUCAAAGUAUCUUCUUUAGCCAGAUUUCAAGAAGUGUUUGACCUUUCGCGACCCUUUAUUCAUUUUUAUUCUCCCCCUAUACCCCGUUUUGCUCGCCCACCUGGCUGGAUUGUUACUUCGCAUUCUCAUAACUUGUCAGCACACACAACAGAGAAUAAGCAAACAUCAUGUCAGAUGAACUCAAAUAUCUGCAGGGGGGCUUUGAUCCCUUUACCCUUACAAUACCUCAAAUUCGCUCUAUUCUGGUCACAUAUAAUAUCGACUAUCCAUCCAGUGCGAAGAAAGCGGAACUCGUCGACAUCUUCAACAAGGAUUUAAAACCACAGGCACGAAAGAUACUGAACGAAAGAGCGAGUGCGAAGAGAACGAGUCGAGGAAUUGUUGAUGCGGAUUCGUCACAAGAGAGCAGUACUCAGGAAAGCACAACGGAAAGUACACGGGAAAGUGAUGUAAUCCUGCCACCACCGCGGACACGGGUUGUGAGACAAUCGCCUGCAAAAGUUAGAGCAUCGGUGGAUAUUAGCGAUGAUGAACCAGCGUACAGGAAUACCAGGAGAUCAACUAGGUCUAUCAGCCCAGUAAAGAGAAUGCCUAGAGCUAGUAGUCCUGUGAAAAGGACACCGAAACCGAGCGUUAAACACCCUAGGCAGGAGGAGGAGUCUCUCUCAGACGACGAGGACGUCCCGCAGACUGUGAGAAAAUCGAGAAAAAGUACAACAGUUCAAACGCCGAUGGUUGGGGCAAGAGACAAUCUAGAUGGCGUGGUACAGAGCAAAGACUCGCGAAGAGAAAGCAAUUUCACCCACGACAAUCCUUUUCAAAAGGGCUCGCCACCUAGAAGGCCUAUAUCAAGCCAUGAUAGUAAGAGAAAAAGCUUGGGUGGGAGUGCUAUGAAGGAAAUGGAAAAACGAAGGAACUCGAUUUCGAGAAGACUCACGGCGACUCCACAGGCUAAUAAUGGAAUACACCCACCAACUUCUUCCACUUUCGAAAUUCCUGUUAGUAGGCUGGAUGGCCUGAAUGAUUAUGACGAGAAUGGAGUAGAGAUUAGUGAGGAUUUUACUCCAGAGGCACAAUUCGAGCUCGAGCGUGAGCAACAGAGAGGGCGCACUACAAUUCAACCUCGACGAAAAGCAUCAAGCGGUGUCAGCAUGAGUGGACCUAUUUGGAUGAUUCUUCUUACGUUACUUGGUGGUUAUGCUACUUGGUACAGGCAGGAGAAAAUUGCCGUAGGCUUCUGUGGAGUAGGUAGAGAAGCGCAUGCGAUAAUACCCAUCAAACCAGAACUUCCGGACUGGGUACAAAUAAUCGCCGAACCGCAGUGCGAUUUUUGCCCACAGCAUGCUUAUUGCAAUGCCAACUAUGAAGUUCAGUGCGACCAAGAUUUCAUUCUUAAGCAUCAUCCUCUCUCAUUAGGUGGAUUCUUACCACUUCCGCCAACUUGUGAACCUGAUGGUGAGAAACAGAGGCGCGUCAAAGCUGUAGCAGAUCGAGCUGUUGAGGAAUUAAGAGAAAGAAGAGCAAAAUGGGAAUGUGGUGAUUUGACAGAUGAAGCUGGUGUACCCGAACCGACCGCUGAGAUUGAUGCCGAACUUUUGAAGAAAGAAGUUAGCCAAAAGAGGAGAAAGGGCAUGGGAGAGGCCGAAUUUGAGGAAUUAUGGCUUGGUGCUAUCGGAGAGAUCAAAGGGAGAGAUGAAGUAGUCGUCGGUGCUGAUGGGUUAAACAUCCCCGUUGUAGAUCAAACACCCUCACAAGUACGUCACUCGCCCGUCUCCCCCUCGUCUGCGCCGUCAAGCGAUCCUUCAGAAACACAUUGGCAAGAUAUUAUCUCGAAAUUGGAUCUCUAGCUCUAGCCUCUAUUCUCUUCCUCUCCGCCCGCUCAUCGAUUCGUAGUCAUGCAGCUACAAAAGCUGCAAUCCCUGCUUUGGUCUCACUCACUCUUCAACGUCUCGCUACUCAAGCAUCCCUUCAUGCAUCCGACCCAGAUGGGUUUAAAGAUGGUUGGAUCAGUAUAGGCCAAUUAAGAGACGACGUUCUCCGCGAUGAACAUAGUUUGAAAAAGCGAGAACAAAUUUGGACGAAAGUCAAGAAAGUAGUGGAGAUGAAUUCGAAUAUUAGAUCUAUGCAAAGGGAGAGUCAAAAUGGUGAGAUCUCAAGAGUCUGGGAGUGGAUUGGUGCGUUGGAGGAUGUGGAUGGCAGUGUUAGGAGAAGGAAAAGUGGGAGAGGAGGUUGGAGUACGCCGGGGAGGGAGCGAGACGAUAGGGAGGAAUUGGAGAAUACAAUUACACCUAGGUGGGAGGAACCAGGUUCGAAGGGUGUUUAUGCUUGAGGUGUGAGGGUAUUUAUUAGGAGUCUUUCUUUCAUUCAAUUCAAGAAAAAAACUUGGUAACGUUUCAUUCUUGAAUAUCGAUAUCCAGAUUUCCUUUUUGUUGUUUUAAAUUUUUGGAUUGUAAGAACUGGUGAGCGUGAUGAGUACAUGUAGCGAUGAGGUGAUGGUAUUAGCGGGCAGGCAUCUGUUUCCAAGAUCUAAUUGUUGGGACUGGGAACGUUAUUCAUAUCCUUUUCAUCGAUGAGCCGGAUAUCUUGAUCUCUUUCCCAUUAUGUGUUGGCUGGUCGAUGAUUAUUUAUUGAUUGAUUGGUUAAUUGUUUCGAGUGAGUGAAUGAAUAAGUGGGCGGCGGGCGGUGGGUGGUAACUAAUAAGUGUGUAUGUAUGGAUGGGGGUUUGGAGAGAUCUUGAUUUUUGAUAUUGUUUGUGACUUUUCUUAUUUGAUCUGAUCUGGUUUGGUUUGAUUUGAUUCUUAUAUUAUGGCGGUGCGGACUUAGUACUGUAGGAGAUAGGAAUGAGAAGGGAUAGACGAUGGGAUAGCUGGAUUGGGAGGAGGGGGUGUGGAGAGAUGGAGAGAUGGAGAGAUGGAGAGAUGGAGAGAUGGAGAGAUGGAGAGAUGGAGAGAUGGAGAGAUUGUAAUGUAAUAUAUGUAGUACAUGAUGUAGUUAGUAUAUAAUCCAAUACUAUUAUAUUAUAAUAUAACACACACACUGUAACA